CCGGCUCCAGGACUGCGCCGACCCGGGCCCAGCUGCUGCCCUCCCUGCCCCUUCCCCUGACGCAGCGCCCCGCCCUGAGGGAUUGGCAGAUUUGCCAUCAGGAGGUUUUAAACAGGAUUCCGUGCCGACAGCCUCCCCGCUGCAGCCUGCGGAUAGGAAGAGGCAAAGAUGCAGAUGACCAAGGGCUCUCCCUUGCCCAGGCUGGGCUAUACCUUGCACCCUGGCACUUUUUCAUUGUUAAAUGUGGCGAAUUAAUCCACGUGGGAAAUGUUCCAGCAGAAGGCUAGAGGCACCGUCCAAGCUGUUCAUAGCUCGGCUGCUAGGACGUCUCCCUAAGAAGCGCUAAGAAGGAUGGAGCCACAAAGGACACCGCUAGACACGUGCUCUUAUACACUGAUAUGUGCCAUGGUUAGUUGUGUGUUGGAGUUGGGGAAGUAAAUCCACAGAGAAUAUGUUAUACUUCCUUGGGUUUACAUGAUGAAAUGGCAACGGAGGUUCUAACUGAACAAUACAAUGUGUCCGAUGUUUGUUUGUUUUUUAACUUAACGCAAACCAGAGUUGCUGCCAGCAUGGCGUUGCCGGCGAUAAAGCAGCAGCACCCAUUCUACCCCAGAGAACAGCAGCCGGAGGAUCAAGCGGAGAGCUUCAGGUCCAGAAGUUUGCCAGCUCUGAACAGGUCUGCUCCUCGGAUUACCACAACACAAAGCACCCUCCCUGAGACAAAACGAAGUUUCUUGCGCAGUUUCCAAGAGAGGUCUGACCUGAGAUGUGGCCUUGACACCGACAAAUCAGCUCACAGUAACGGUGCUGCUGCUGCUGCUUCUGGGACUGUGUUUUCUUUCACAGCCUCCAGCUUCUCAGGGGUUGGGAGUUUCACUGAGAGGACAGACUGUAAUAACUUUGCUGGCACAAGCAAAGGUGUUUCCCCAGCUUCCACGUUGCUAGCUCUCCCAGGUAGAAAGUGUCUCAGCGUGGUGUUGACAGAUUCCCGUUUCUUCUUGGUGUGCAUGUGCUUUCUGACCUUCAUUCAGUCCUUAAUGGUCUCUGGGUAUCUGAGCAGUGUUAUUACCACCAUUGAGAGGAGGUACAGUUUGAAAAGCUCUGAGUCUGGGCUGCUGGUCAGCUGUUUUGAUAUUGGUAGUCUGGUGAUCGUGGUGUUCAUCAGUUACUUUGGGGGGCGUGGACGGAGGCCACUCUGGCUUGCUGUAGGUGGGUUUUUCAUUGCUCUUGGGGCUGCACUUUUUUCUUUACCUCAUUUCAUCUCUCCACCAUAUCAGAUCCAAGAAUUGAACUCUUCCCUCUCUAACGAGGGCUUGUGCGUGACUGGCAAUAAUACCGCCAAAGACCAUUUGGAGUCACCAGCCUGUGUCAAGGACUCAGGCGGAAAUGAUCACUCCCUCUAUGUAGCUUUAUUCAUUUGUGCCCAAAUUCUCAUUGGCAUGGGCUCCACACCCAUCUAUACCUUGGGACCAACCUACUUAGAUGACAAUGUCAAGAAAGAAAAUGCAUCACUGUACCUAGCCAUCAUGUAUGUAAUGGGAGCACUUGGUCCUGCCGCAGGAUAUUUACUAGGAGGAGUCCUUAUUGGUUUUUACGUUGAUCCUAGAACGACUGUUUAUAUUGACCAGAGUGACCCUCGAUUCAUUGGAAACUGGUGGAGUGGAUUCCUCCUUUGUGCCAUUGCAAUGCUCCUUGUUAUAUUCCCAAUGUUUACUUUCCCAAAAAAGCUCCCUCCUCGACAGAAAAAGAAGAAGAAAAAGAAAAUUAGCUCUGAUGACAUUUCAAGUGAUGAUGAUGUCAUGAAAGAGAAAACAAACAGCAAACGACAAGUGGAUAGUUCAAUUCCUGCUUCUAUGGGAUUUGGAAAGAAUGUUAAAGAGCUUCCAAGAGCAGCUGUCAGGAUCUUAAGCAACAUGACAUUCCUUUUUGUGAGUUUGUCAUACACAGCUGAGAGUGCCAUUGUUACUGCUUUUAUUACCUUCAUUCCCAAGUUCAUCGAGUCACAGUUUGGCAUACCAGCUUCCAAUGCCAGCAUCUACACUGGUGUGAUUAUUGUCCCAAGUGCUGGGGUUGGCAUUGUGUUAGGUGGCUACAUUAUUAAAAAGCUCAAACUUGGUGCAAGAGAGUCUGCGAAGCUGGCUAUGAUUUGCAGCGGUGUGUCUUUGCUGUGCUUUUCAACGCUUUUCAUUGUUGGAUGUGACAGCAUUAAUCUAGGGGGCAUAAAUAUCCCAUACACAACGGGUCCUACACUUACUAUGGCACACAGAAAUCUGACAGGUAGCUGUAAUGUCAACUGUGGAUGCAAAAUUCAUGAGUACGAGCCUGUCUGUGGAUCAGAUGGAAUAACAUACUUCAAUCCAUGUCUGGCCGGCUGCAUCAAUGGUGGAAAUCAUAGCACAGGGGUAAGAAAUUAUACUGAAUGUGCCUGUGUCCAAAGCCGCCAAGUUAUCACUCCACCAACUGUGGGCCAGCGCGGUCAGCUCAGGGUGGUUAUUGUCAAAACAUACCUGAAUGAGAAUGGCUAUGCUGUUUCUGGGAAGUGUGAUCGGACCUGCAGUACACUUAUCCCAUUCCUAAUAUUUCUGUUCAUAGUUACCCUUAUAACAGCAUGUGCCCAGCCAUCGGCAAUCAUAGUGACACUCAGGUCUGUGGAAGAUGGCGAGCGGCCUUUUGCACUAGGAAUGCAAUUUGUUUUAUUACGAACUCUUGCUUACAUUCCUACUCCAAUUUAUUUUGGGGCUGUUAUUGACACCACGUGCAUGCUUUGGCAACAGGAUUGUGGUGUGCAAGGAUCUUGUUGGGAAUACGAUGUAACUUCAUUUCGCUUCGUUUACUUUGGAUUGGCAGCUGGUCUCAAAUUUGUGGGAUUCUUUUUUAUUUUUCUGGCCUGGUAUUCCAUUAAAUAUAAAGAAGAUCAGUUGCAGAGGCAAAGAUGGAGGGCCUCACCUGUAAACACAGUGAGCGAGAUGGUUGGCAAUGCUGGACCUCAACAAAACUAUGCACGGACUAGAUCCUGCCCUACUUUCAGUGCUCGAGGGGAGCACACUGAAGACGUCUGUCUGGCACAAGGAAUGAAUUACAUAGCACAGACAUAUCCUGGCCCCUUUUCAGAAGCAAUAAAUUCCUCAACUGAAAAUGCAUUGGAGGAAGUCACUGCUGAAAUAUAGACCCCAGGUUUGAAAAUGUAAAAUUCAGUUUUGUUGGUUGAUUUAAAUAUGGCGCCUUGUGAAACACCCGUGCCUUCUUUUUUAAUCUACACGUCACAUGAUAAACCAACAAAACUUAAAGCAAACAUCAAUAGCAUACUUGAGGGCUGGAUACCUCAAAAUGACCCAAGUUCUUAUUUCGCCCCUCCAGAUAAUGGAGUUUUAAAAAAUAUGUGUUUGUAAUUACUUCAGGUGUGUCCAUUAAAUGUCCAUGCUCUGAUCUAGUGUCAAAAUAAGGGUGAGGUAUUCUAAAUGGUGGAAAUUAAUGGAAAGGUGACAGAAAUGCAUCUCAUUGAUUCCAAGACUUUAAGAAAAUGUUUAAAGGGAUCAUCAAUUUUGCAUCCACGAAUCGGUUCAUAGAGGUGAGUAAUUACUGUGAGUUCUGCUACAAAGCACAACUGAGCGUGUCUAAACUAUGCAACUUAUCUGGAUAAUUGUUGAUGCAGCAUGUUAAUUUUGCUUUCAAAGUCUUUAAUCCAACUGAACUUGGAAUGGGGCUAUUUUAAGACAGAUAUAAGGUUUAAAAAUGGACAUAGGACAUAACUGUUUAAAGUACUGUUGAUAACAUAUUAAGCCAUAGAAAAGUUAUAUAGCAGGUAAAGUUUUCAAAUUCUAAGACAUCGUAUCCUUGUCCUAUUAAAAUGUACAUUUAUUUUAAUUUGAUAGGAUGUAGUAUUAUUCAGUGUAGUACACAGGGUAUGAAAGUAUAACUCAGUGUGAAAAUCUACAGUAUUAAUUUGUAAUAACAUUAAGACAUGAUAAUCAACCCCAUAGAGACUAUAACAAGUAGAUGCAUAUUUCUGUAACUACCUAUGCAGUUAUCCGCUAUUGGUGGCUACUACUGUACUAACUUCAAAUCCAUACUUUUCUCAGAAAACACAGUAUCCAGGUUUAGUUUGCCAGGAACUGCUUGGCUGUCCUUAGGAAAUGCUUGGCUAUCCUUUGCAAAUGCAUGCAGAUCUUUUUAAACAAAUUGUUCUGGUUUUCCACUAAGUGAAAAUACCCAGAGAGUUUGGGUAGCUGCAUUUUGGGACUGCACUGCUACCAUUUCACACAGACCUCAAACUGAAUGCAAAGGGGAGUUUGCUCCAUGUCUGGCCCCCCAUCUUCAUUUAAAGCUCUCUGUGAGGUGUCGGGGAAAUGGAAGAGUCAGCUGACCUCUUCCAGCAGGAGAUCUAGGCACAGAAGGCACCUCCGUUCAAGGACCCACACGGCAUGUUCUGGCAUUUGAUUAUUCAAAAUGUUUUAGUGAGUUUUCCCACUUGAUUGAGUCUUCAAGAGACUGUUUGAUUUUUAUCUGCUUCCUGUACUAAUUCCUCAUCCACAGUCUUAAACUGGGGGCAAUACAACUGGCUGUUGCUGACAUUUAGUGAUCUGUCAGGUGGAAGGUUAUGAUAAGAAGCCAGUGUUGUAUUCUAUUUGCAGGUGCAUGUCUCAGAGCCUUUGAGAAUAGAGGAGGGGAUCGUGUCUUUUGUGAAAUUUGGUUGGUGAGAAGCAUGCGGGUAGAAGCCAUGACACAUAGGCCUGGUCCACACUAACCCCCCACUUCGAACUAAGAUACGCAACUUUAGCUACGUGAAUAACGUAGCUGAAGUCGAAGUACCUUAGUUCGAACUUACCGUGGGUCCAGACGCAUUAGGCAGGCUCCCCUGUUGACUCCGCGUACUCUUCUCGCGGAGCAGGAGUACCGGCGUUGACGGCGAGCACUUCUGGGAUCGAUUCCAGAAGAUCAAUUGCUUACCGCCAGACCCGGAGGUAAGUAUAGACCUACGCAUACAGUAGAAAGAAUUAUUUCUCAAUAGAUAUAAACAAUUUUGAUGAGGGUUUAGGAAUUUCAGAGAAAUUUUUUUAAAAGUUACAACUAGAACAAAUUGACUAAGUCAGAUAGGGCCAAAUCCUGUUUCAAUUAACGUUAAUGGCAAAAUUUCCAUGGGCUUCAGUAGUCUCAGGAUUUGGUCUGCAGAGUAUAGAUUUUCCUCUCUUAGCAGCUUCCUCCUUCUCUGACUGGCAUUUGAAGUUACUCACCAUGCUGGCCUCAGAUCGUGGUUGAAAUGUUGACUCCAUUUAUUCCAGAAUGUCUUGAUUAGUUUAUAUGACUCUUGUGCCUCUUAUGAAGAUCUCUGUGGCAGAAAAUGUACAGAAAACUGUUACAUCGCUCAUUAUGUAAGUAUCAGUGACUUUAAUUAGCAGUGCAGUACUUUAGGAACCUAAGAUAUAGGACUGGAAGAGACCUCCUGGGUCAUCAAGUCCAGUCUCCUGCUAUUGCAGGCAUCACCAUAAUAUAAUCCCAUUCAUAAAUUUAUCAAACUCCAUCUUUAAACCUAGUUAGGAUUCUUACCCCACUACUGUUAUCAGAGUGGCUGUUUCAAACCUCACUCCUCUGGUGGUUAGAAACCUUGUGCUUUCCAGCAUAAAUGGAUUCAUGGCCAGUUUAUACUCAUUUGUUCUUGUGCCCUUUAGGUCAGAUAGCUCGUCUCCCUUUAAUUCACCUCUUGUUAUUCUUUGGAUAUUAAUAUUUAUUUUGAGCCUAAUUUAAUUUUUAGAAUAGUCCAGUUCAGACUACGAAUAAGGUAUACGUUUUUAACAGUGAGGGUAAUUAAAAACUUACCUAGGGAUGUGGUGGAUUUGCUGCCACUAGAAGUACAUCAAGACUGGAUGGCUUUCUAAAAGAUGUGCUGUAGCUCAACCAAAACUUAUGGGCUUGAUGCAGGAGCCACUUGGUGAAAUUCUCUGGCCUGUGUUAUACAGGAAGUCAGACUAGAUGAUCAAAAUGGUCCCUUCUGGCCUUAGAAUCUAUGAGUCUUGAUUAAUUUAAUAGCAUAGGGUCAGAUCCAGCCAAGAAUGUGUUCUUCAGUAUUCAAAAUUACAAAUCUUCAAUAUGCUGUUGGAGCACGGUGUAGCGUCCUCUCUGCUCCCACUGACGUCAGUGAGCACAGAGGCUGGGCAGCACCUUGCAAGUGGUACUGGGCUCCUUGCCAGGGUAAAACUGGGGUGAGGCAAUGGUGAACAAGGCCCAAGGUCUCCUAUUGUAGAGUUUUGGGGGUCAGACCUUCAGCUGUUGUAAGGUGAUGUAGCUCCAUUGAAGUAAUUUACAUCAGCCUAUUAUUAUUAAAGAGGAUACUGUAACCUCCACAGGCUGGAAACUUAAGAAAAUUAAAGUGUUUAAAAACCAGCUGAAUAAGUGGGAGUCAAAGUAACAUUAUUGGGUUCUUACUUAGAGUUUGUAUGCUAUUUCCUCUCCAGUUUGUAAUAGUGUCUUUAUAAUUUGACACAGAAUAUUUUCCUCCCAAGUUUAGCCUUGUCCAUUUCCAAGAGUUUAUUUAUUUCUAAUGAAGUUAGGGGGAGUCAUUUUAACUCUGAUCUGCUACUUUGUGCACCAGCAUUGCAAAUAAUAAAUUCAAGCCUGUUCACAUCAGGUAGGCAGAACUCCCACUGUGGGAGAUUUGCCUGAGAGGAAUGCAGGAUUGGUUUCCAUGUUCCCGAAGUGUGUCUGAUUUAACCCUACCGGGUUACAACACUUAAGGUACGUUACCUGUUUGGCUUGAACUGCUUAACAUCGUCCCUUUAAAAUGUUCAGAAUUGGACAGUCCACUUCAUUGGCUUCAUUCUUCAAUAGGGAAUUAGUGUUUUUUAUGCAAUACAGCAAUUUGUAAUGGUUAAAUAUAAACAUUUCCAUAGAAUAGAUUGUACACAUACAGGUAGACAGCCAACAUUUCUGUAAAUAUGUACUGCGGCUAACUGUAGUCAGUAAGAUGAAUCAUCAUAUUGCAAACAUCUACAAGCCUCUCAUUAUACAUAUAAGCUGUUUUCUGUUAAUUUACAGGUCACCUUAUAAAUGAAGAUGGGUCUGACCGUCAAAGUUCAGACCUCAGUCCAAACUGUCCCAAAAUAUGGGGGUUAUUGAAUUUAGGCUCUUUAGUUCAGGCUUAUCUCUACCUUUAAGAUCAUUGUAUAAUCCGUUGUUUAUAUUGUAUUAUUAUUUUUCCCACACUUCAAACAACUUGUCACCAGAUUUCCUCCCACAAGCUACUGUUCAUGUGAUGGGAUGGGUAAAAAGCCUCUGUGUUCGAGUAUGCCUGAAAAAAGAAGUGUCCAAAAUGUUUUUCGUUCUAGGAAGAAUGAAGACCCUUCUGUCUAACAUCCUUGAUCUGCUCUGGAUGAAUAGCUAAAGCAUGCCAUGGUGCUAGUUGUUAUCGAAGUAUUUUAUGAUGCAUGUUCACCAUGACUUAAGUGGCAUUCAAAAAAUUUCAUUUAUGUAACGGCAUGUGCUUUCAUUUUGAAAAUCUGGAAAUGUUCCUGCAAAGAUCAUAAUUACCAGUGGGCCAAAUCCUACGGGCUUUACUUAGUUUUUCAGUGGGAAUAUUGCUUGUACUACGGGAUUUGGUCUCGCAUUAACAGCGAAAGUACUAAUGUAAAACUAUAUAACCUGUAGAAACUCAGUGUAUGACUAAUUUCCAGUAGAACAUUACCUGUUUUAAUAUAUCUUUAUGGAAUACUGCUAAACAGCUGUUCAAAGUAAGGUUUCAAUGAAUUAAAAGAUUGGGCCAAAUUCUGGGGAUCCCUAACUCAGCAAAAUUCCUACUGCAGUCAAUGAGAAUUUAAACUAAAGUUAAGGUACCUGAAUUUGUCCCAUUAAUAAUAUUCCUCUAUAAAAUACCAAAAUGAAGAGCCAAAGUCAAGGGCCCAAUUCAGCCAGUUGAAAUUCACUCCAGGGAUUUUGUGAUUUGUUUCGAUGGAGACAGAAUUUGGCCCAUUGGUUUUGAACUUUGAAAGGUAAUACCUUUUCUGUCUUACUGUAUAUGGACUUAACUGGGCUAGGAGAUCAAAGGGGAUCAUUGAGCUGGCGUAUCCAGAUGUGCGCCUGAGAGCAAGGCGACAGAAAUGUUACCUCCUAGAAGAAAACAUUUUUAAAAACAAAAAUUAUCGCAGGGCUGUAUUAAACCAAAAAGUUGUACAGAAACUUAUAAACUCAGUUUUCGUGCAGAAAUGCAAGUUGAAAUCACUGUUAUAGUGGGCAUUCCUCAUAAAGGUCUGCUCCUCUCUCCACUGGAGUAAAUGGGAGUUUUGCCAUUGACUUCAAUAGGAGCUGACCCAAAAUGCAUACCUCCCCCCACCCCAAAAAAAUCUAGGUAGUGGUUUAGGAGCAUGGAAUGGGCACACUGGCCUGUACUUGUUUAGUUUAACAGUGUUAUAUUGAAUAAACUGGUGUUAGGUCAUUUGUAGUGUGUGUGUGUGAGAGAGUGUGUGGGUAGUGUGCUUGUGGUAAAAGAGAGGGACUAAUUGUUAGGUGCAUUUGUUUUUGCAUACCUUAAGGUCCUUUUAUUGAUAUUUCUCAGUAGAAUUUAGAAUAAUAUUCAUGAUCUAUAACACACUGUGGUUAAUGACAUUUAUUGUCAACAUCUUUGUAAACAUGUGUUUACAAGCAAACCCUUGAAUACUUGAUAUUUGAAAAUAAAAAUAGCAUAUCAAGCGUGUUUUCUUUAUGACAAAAAAAUCUUUGUGUGUGUGUGUGUAAGUUGG